UGCGGUCCUUGGGAGCUUUGCGGACUUUAAUACAAUUAUUACCUCGUCAGUCAGAUUCCAAACAGACCGUUGACGUGCUGUCAUUCCGCACCUGGGGACCACCACGUCGUUGAAACCGUGACAGCGUAAUGUGGCCGAUGUGCCAUGUACUGGGCUCAUGUCGUCCAAGAGGCAAUUACCGGCGGGAAGAUAAAAGGACAGGUCAAUAUGCCCGUGGAAGAGGUGAAAGGAUGAGGAACGACUCGACGCCAGAAUGGUAGAUCAUGACGUCACCGGCCAAGUCAACCUUCGCCCAUUUCUCGUCUUUCUUACGUUGCAGCAAAUGAGCGUUUCCGCCAGCAGGAACAUCACCUGAAAUAGACAGAGCCGACAGUGAAGUCGUUCACGCAAGGACGCAAAUCUAUCUGGUGCUUUGUCAAAAUGAACCUUUUUCCCAUUGCUGCUCCCCAUAUGGGCCGCAGUUUGAUACGGACGUGUACUUCAAGCAAUCUGGUUGCGUCAGCCGGGAAGCGUCUAACUGCAAUCGGCGGGCAGAAAACGUUGUCAACUCACUGGGCAGCAUGCGCGACAACGACGCAGCUGAUGUUCUCAAGCUCACGAUCGUUGCACGGAAGAGGGGCAACGAUACACUUUUCUGCACCUGACCUCCUUGUUGCGCCCCGAUGUCCAAUGAAGAAUCAGCGACAUGAAACGCACAAAGAUCAAAAGGAAGGACGGAGUCAGAAACCGAGAUCUCUCACGGCAGCGAUUUUGUCCGCUCUGGGAGGCACCAGCGCAGUCGUUGCCGCUUCGGUUUGGGUAGCGCCAUCUCCUCCAACAAAGGCAUAUCCAUCUCAAAAGGAAGUAGUAGUGGACGCGGAUGACACAGUUCCGUCUCCCCCAGCAAGGUGGUUCUCAAAUCCUGAGCUCAUGACAUUUGGGGGCGCAUUGGGAAUAUGUACAGGAUACUUUACCAAAAAGGUUAGCAAGCUCGUGGCGUUUGCGGUUGGCGCUGGAUUCGUUCUCUUACAGCUUCUUGUCCACGCGGGUUUUAUAACUGUUCAAUGGUCCAAAGGUCAAAAGUACUUCAACAAAGUUGCGGGUGCUGAUGAGCACGGCCACGUACCGCCUAGCCGAGUCACCAUGAUGUCCAAGAGUGUGCUGCGAUGGUUGACAGCCGAUCUACCGUUUGCUAGUGCAUUUAUCGUUGGAUUUUGUGCUGGUUUAAAAUACGGAUGAUACCAAGUGGGUUGAGCACAUGCAUGACGAGGAUGGUCGCGAUUCUCGCUUAAUGUAGCGGAGCGAUCUAUGAUGAGGGUUAGGUGGAUGUGGUUGAGAAUGAUCUAUCAUUCAAUGAAAAUUUCUACAUGGUAACCAAAAGUCACAGGCUAAGUGUCUAAGUAAAUAUCAUCGAGCCCAAAACUAAAACUGCCCAGAAACAUCGAGCGUCG